AGGGAAGAAAGACAAGAUACACUGGGGUUGUGUCCUGGUACAGGCAGGGAGUGCUGUCACGUCCAGACUGGUAUGGAAUGUGGUUACCAAAUCAGAGCCAGAAAAGGCAUGCAACAAGUAACGGCUGGUGGGGGAUAUGUGCCAUUCCCUCCAGCUAGUGGAUAUCAAUACAGGCCCUCCUAGAUGAAUGUGUGUGCAGCAGAUUUGCUGUGGACGGUGCACACGCCACCAGAUUAAUUGCUUCCCAAGAGGAGGGUGCUGAACACCAUGCCUGCAAUAGUCCCCAAGAGCAAAGCCCCGGGGGUCGAUUUCUGCGGGGUGGACGAAUAUUACUACAUCGUCCGCUCAGACCUGGGCUGCUACAUGAGGUCGACCAAUUUCAACGAAGGAAAAGAUCUGAACGUGUAUAGUCUGCACCCCUCCUGCCAGGGCGGGGAGCACUAUCUCGCCCACGAGGCUGACCUCUUCUUCAUCAUCAAAGGAGAGACUUAUCGCCAUGUGUCCAGCAUGAACACGGACACAGACGCCGUAGUCUACAAUCUCCACCCCAAUUGCCAGGGAGGAGACCAUUAUCUCUCAGCCUUUGGGUACUUCUACAUUGUCUUCCAGAGCAAGGGUGUGUACCGCAGGGUCACCUGCCUGAACACCGAUUCUGAUGCUGUCGAAUACAGCCUCCACCCGUCCUGCAGAGAUGGCCUCUAUUACUGGGGUAUCAAGGGCCAUUAUUAUUUUGUCAAGCCCCAUGACAAAUGGGGGAUCCAGUAUUAUCAAACCACCAAUUUUAACGCCAUCGAAGAUGCCAAAACCUAUUCCUUCCACCCGGAUGUGCUCAACUUCCUCCCUGGUGGGUUGGCUAUCACCCAGGGUUCAGCUUUCGGCACCUGGGAGGCCAUCAAGACCAUCUCCAAUGAUUCCAACACGCCCAUCACCUGGAACAAGAAGAUCACCAGGAAGGUGGGCUAUGCCAAGGAGAAAAUGAGCAGCAUAGAGCACAACUGGAGCGUGAGCAUCUCAGCAUCAAAACAGUCAGGAGCCCUCACCGAAGACAUUGCCAAGUACCAGUUCUCCCUCACUACUCAAUACGGCGGGAAAAGCGUCAACACGGAGAAGGAGAACUGGAGCGAGGCCACCGACGUGGAAGAGUCUGUCAGCCUGACCCUGCAGCCAAGAGAGAAAAUCUACAUAUGGCAGUACCAGCUGGGCCUGGGCAAGAAAAGCAUCUUGUUCUGCCGUGACAUGAAAUUCAACGGCAAUUCAAACCCACCUACUGAAGUCCCCCUGCCGCCUUCUAACCAGUGAUCUGAAAUAGGGAGCUCCCAGGAAUACCUAAAGGUCCGCUCGCUGCCUUGCAGUAUUGCUAAGAAUUGGGGUUGUCGGGGGUAUAUUUAGGGUUAGUAUUUUACAGUAGUCGUAGUGGCUUUGCAGUGCAGGGUGUUUAGUGAGGCCCAGUCUGCCUUUAGGAAUAGCAGCUAGGAUUAAGAUACAGAGACACAACCCUACAAUCUACCAUAAUGAUCGUACCAUGGGCUUCCAGAAAACCGGUUGCCAACGGGCUUGCAGCUAACAUGGCUGGAAAAGCAUUUCCUGAGCCAGCAUGGACAGAGCACCAAAACAUUAAAAAUUCUGCACCAAAAAAUUAAAAAUUCUGGGCAGAAUAUUUUAAAAUUCUGCAAAAUAUCACAUAUAUUAUUUAUCAAAAUAACACGAUAUAAUCACACCAGUUUCAAUUAUUUUCAGAAUUUAUUUCAAAAUACCUGUAACAACACAGACACACAAAAAAUUCCCCGUUUCUCUGCCCCCUUCCCGGCAGAGCCAAGGAGAGGGGCCAGACACUCACACCCCCUCCCCGCAGAGCCCAGGAAUCCAGAGGGACAAACAGCCUGAUGCUGGGGCCUGAGCUUGUGUGGAGUUUCCUGCACGCUGCCUCCUUCUUACAUGGGGAGCGGAGAACUGCUGCUGCUGGGAACCCUCCAGUUCCUCCCCCACCUCUUACCAGCAACGUCCUCCAUGUGCGAGCUGGGCUCUGCCGGGUCCAGAAGCCCCUAGUGGUGGCCAGCAGCUCUGCAGCCCAUUUCUACUCAGGGGGGAGGAAAGGAAAUUCUGUGUGCACAACAUUAAUUUUGGGGCAAAUUCUGCAUUGCACAGUGGUGCAGAAUUCCCCCAGGAGUAACAUACACACCAGUUUCAGGCGGGUUUGUACUUAACAUGGCUCCACCGUGCCUCCGCUGCUACUCCCCACGCUAACACAGGUGCAUUGCUAUUUGCACUCGCACGAGUAUAUGUGCAUGAGCGAAUCACACCCCUGCCUCAUAGUGCAGACGUCGCUCUGGUUCCACUCUCCUGUCACACGGGAACAAGAGGUUUGCUCAGGGAGCGCUGUGAUUACGCCUCUGCAAGCUGGGAUUUUAGGCAGGAGUUCGGUGGCUCACUCCCAGACAUAAAAUCAGCUCUGGGAUUGGGAAGUAACCCUUACACAGCAGGCAGAGAUCACCACCCCUCAGUGAUCCGCACAGAUCACAGGUGAAAAGGGUGGGGGAAGAGCCUCAGUGUGUUUUCUCAGUCACAUAGGAUUGUGUGUAGUUUUAUUUUGUGCCUGUUGUUACUUCUGGCUAUGAAUUAGCCAAGUCAGUUUUCUCAAGGGCUCGUCUUUACUAGAAGCUGCGACCAAAGACUCCAACUUCACAUAAAUAACUUUGUAUCAAUAAAAUUAUCCGAGGCAUAAAA